UCUGUUGAAAUCGAAACCCGUUAGUUUUCCUGUCCGAAGUGAAUAAUAACUUAUGCAAAUUACUUAUUUACUUGUUAAAUAGUUAAAAGAAACAGGUUAGGGUUUAAAGGAGUGACAUCGCGGAUGCUACUAUCAAAAUGCUAAACUCUCUUAUCUAAGUGACAUCUAUUUAGAUUUAAUUAAUCUACGGUGUCGGCGACAUAUUUAUAUACGAUCCUUUCUGUUUCCGAGGUCGUUACGUGUACCAUGGUAACUCGGUAUCAGUUAUAUUUUCUAUCCAAUUCACGAAUUUUCGAGGUUUAAAAUGCAUCAAACAAAAAAUUAAUUACGCAUUGAUGUUUCCACCUUCAACAGAAAUAGUUAUCACGGAUGUGACGGCUUUACUUCCUUUGUUUCUGUGGGAGGAAAAUCCUAGAAACGUUUCGUGUGUAGAACCGGAAGCAUCGACGUGUUAAUUACACACAAAAUGUUGGUUUUUCCAUCGAUUUAAAGCGGGGGUUCUCAACCUUAUUUCACUCUCCUGACACUUAAGCUUUCUGCGUACAGACAGCACUAACAGACAUUUCUUGUCUACCUCCGGAGGUACGAGCACUACAGGUUGAGAACUGCUGAUUUAAAGUAUGACAUUCGAGUAAGUUAUAUAGGAAAUUUCCCUUCGCCCCGUACCGAUGUUUUCGUUCUUUCUACAAAUACCAAGUAUCGCUAUUCUCAGGUAUGACGGUUAGGCACGACUUUACAUUCAUUCGCACUUCUCCAUUAUUUACAUCCGUCUUACAAUCUCGAGUUUUUAUCUUUUCACCCGAACUCCUUUUGUAAAUUUCCUACUAUUGAGAUACGUGAUUACAGUAAUAAAUAAUCUUAUCAACUACAAAUUUCAUUCCUCAAUUCAUAAAACGUGCGUAAUAAUUCUUGACGUAUUUAGUAGUUUAUGAUGAUAACAGAGUAUUACUUUCUGCUACGUCACCCAUUUAAAUCCUAACUUGUUUCCUCUAACUAUUAAAAAUAAAAUGCAAGUUACUCUCAUAUUUCGUUGUUUACACGCUUCGGACAGACACCAAACCAACUUCGAUUUCGGCGGGUCGUACUCCAUAUACAAACUCUAUAAUAAUCAUAAUAAAAAUAAAUAGAAUAUCGUUCAUAACAGGUGACGAGGGCGAGUGAAAUACCUGUUUAUACUGUACAAUAAAUGUGUCGAAAACGUUUAUAGUGUUUCCACGUAAAUACGAUAAUAAAGAAAUUAUGUAAACGAUUCCGCACGUGUAUCGUGUGACGAAGCAAAUCCCGUUUCAUCGCUGUUACCACGAACUGUAAAUAAUGCAUUCGAUCUGUUACGACUGUGUACGGCGUGUGUAACCGUUCCGUAAAAAUAUGGAUAUAGGAAGGUUACCGUUAAUCGUGACGUUUGUUUGCAUCCCCGCAGUAGUUUAUCUCCAGUCGGACGACAUAACGGGGACUGUGUACGAUCCGGCAUAUAAUCGUAAGGUACAAUGUAGCAAAGGAGUUAACCUGUCAAUCAACGACGAUACGAAAACUGUGGUAGUGAUCUGCAACGAAACGCAAUUUGACGUGUCGUUACUACGAGAAUGCUCCGGUUACUCGCAAUUCAAAGAGAUUGCUCUUAUGAACUGCAUCCUCCCUUCCUCCGAUAUAGGUGAAACUUUGGGAGAUUACAGACCAGAAUGUUUCUUUGUGCAUUCCAACGGGUCGUGGAAUUACGACGAGAUCAUAGUCAGAGAUAUGCCCAAUUUAAUUUGUUUGGCAUUGUCCAUUAAGCAGAACGUAACUUACGUUUUGGAUAACCUGGUGAAUCUAAAAAGUGUGCAGGUCAUCUUUUUAAAUCUAACGACUCUUCCGGAAAAUUUCUUUUCUCAGCUCGACUCUUUAGUAAAUAUUCGCAUCCAGUUCUGCGAAUUGCGAUCUCUCCCAGAGACGUUAUUUCGAGGUAUGCGGAAAAUCGUUUAUCUCUACUUGUGUUGCAAUCAUUUAGAAGAAUUGCCCGAACUGCUUUUCGAAGGACUCGGCAGCUUGAACUUGAUCGAUCUUUCUCUCAAUCGCUUGACUUCGCUUCCCGCUAAUAUUUUCAAAGGGUUGAACAAUCUCGGAAAGUUGUUUUUGGGAAGUAACCGAUUCAAACAGCUUCCUCCCACGCUUCUGCACGACAACAUCAAUUUGCAAUUAAUCGAUAUUACCAACAACACCGUUUCUUCUCUGCCUGAAGCUUUCUUGAAGGCUUCGUUACAGCUGGUCGAGUUCCGAGCGUGCUAUUGCAAUAUCACGGAAUUGCCGGAAAACUUCUUUUCCUCGUCUUUUCUCUUAUCUAUAAUUUCCUUGUGCCAUAAUAAAAUUGAGAAACUUGGCGAAAAUUUGUUUUCGAAGAACACGUGGCUACGAAUAUUGUACCUGGACAACAAUCGACUUACAACGCUCCCUCCCAACAUCUUCGCCUCCAACCAUCGUUUGAUAGCGCUAUUUUUAAAUGGAAAUCGAUUAGAUUCUCUUGCCUACGAGACAUUUAGAAAAUUGUCAUCUCUUCAGAGUUUGGUACUUCGAGAGAACGAGAUCAAAAACAUCGAAGAAGGGAUUUACGGUAAUCUACAAUCCUUGAAAGUUAUAAAUUUAGACAACAACAAAAUUCGAUUUCUUCCUUCGAAAACUCCGUUUGGUAACUUGAGUGAACUGUUGACUCUGAGUCUGGCUGGCAACGAGUUAACGACGUUUCCAUCCAUCGAAUGGAGUGUUUACAACCUUACCUACCUGAAUUUGGAUCAUAAUCGAAUUACUUUCCUCAAUUUGGAUGAAUUACCUCCCUCCGAUCACGUCCACGUUUCAUUGCUUUAUAACAAUAUCACUUCUGUUACGGGUCCAACAAAUUCUACUUUUUUAGAAAAUGUUAAGCUGGAAGGAAAUCCCUUCGAAUGCAAUUGCUCUCUGAAAAACUUUGCGGACAAGAUACAGUCUUCCGGUAUUAAAUCGUUAUUUUGCCACGGCCCCGUAGAAUACAGGAACACGAGUCUUGCGGAUGUGGUUCCUUCUUAUGUUCUUUGUCCAUUUAGGACGACCUGCCCAAAUUCUUGUCGUUGUUAUCGUGAAGAUACGAAUGCCAUCGUUAAUUGUUCUUCUUCCGGUCUUAUUCACGUUCCCAAAUCAAUUCCCGAAAAUACAUCCGUCGUUCGACUCGAUCACAACUUCGUCACCCAUUUCCGUAUCUCCAGUGAUGAUUGGUCGAAUGUUACGUAUCUAAAUUUGGAUUACAAUCGUUUGGAUCCAUCAAAAUCUUGGAAAUUUCCGUCUUCUUUGACUUAUCUCUCUCUUCGAAGCAACCGGUUAGACAGAAUAUCCAAAGAGUUUUUAGAAAGUGUCGACGAAAUACCAUUGCUACAAUUAGAUAUAAGGGACAACCAGUUCUGGUGCAACUGCUCUUUCACUUACUUUAAAAUCUGGUUUGAUAAAAACAUCGAAAGGAUAGUGGAAGCGGAUAGGGUAAUGUGCAGCAGACUGUUCCAUCACAACAACACUAAAGUGAAAUCGCCUAUAAUAAGUGUACCAUUGGAUGCAUUUUGUUUUCUAGACUUACCGCUUGUGAAUGUUCCUCUCAUAGUAUCGGCAUCCAUCGUCGCCGUAUUAGCUUUAGCCAUAAUUAGUUGCAUCGUUCUCUUCAUGAAGUAUAAAAAUACCAUUUUGGCUUAUUUGUACGUCCAUUUCCCUGCCGUUUUUUGCCGUAAAAUAUCCGAAAUAGAUGGUGACAAACCAUAUGACGCUUUCAUCUCCUAUACGGCGAGCGAUAGAGAAGUAGUCAUGUCCAUGCUAAGGGAGUUGGAAGAGAAACCGCCAUUUUUCAGACUGUGUAUCCACGAACGGGACUGGUUGCCCGGAAAUCCCAUUGUUUCUCAAAUAGAAGUGUCCAUACAGAGCAGCAGGAAAACAGUCAUUGUGCUAUCGAAGGAUUUUCUGGAAAGCAUGUGGUGCGAAAUAGAGUUUCAGAUGGCCUAUCUGCAGUGCUUGGAGGAAAAAGUAGAUCGUCUCAUCAUUGUGACGGUGGGGGAUAUACAAACGCGAGAUCUUUUACCUGCAGAUAUGCAAAAUCUCUUGGCCACGAAAACAUUUCUAGUCUGGGGAGAGAAGUGGUUCUGGGAAAAACUGAAAUAUUCACUUCCUCAUUACGUCGUACCCAAACUUCCCAAUUAUCAGAUGCAGACGAUCGAUAGAAUGGUUGAAGAUCUCAGGACAAAGAGAUUAAUUUAAUUUUGUUUUCGAGGUUAGUCACAAUUUGUUGCUUGGAUUGUACUUUCAAAUACGCAGAACAAGACAAAUUAAUGUGAUCUCAAAUCUAAUCUACGCACAAUUUGUGCAGAUGGGUAGAAUAUGAGUUUGUUUUAUUCUAACAUACUCUAGUAUCCACAGUGGAUAGAAAUACCCACGAGAAAACUAGAAUCCAAACAACUAAUGUACAAGUUCUUCUUUGAACUGACCUGGGUGCUUAGUGUCAAGUUGUUUGGCUACACGAAAGUUGUGAUGAUUUCACGUGGAAUGAACUCUGAUGAGAGCAUUCACCGAGUUUGUAGCCUCAGUGAAUGCUCUUAACUAAAGAGUUUAUUCCAUGUGACCCAACAUUGUUGCCCUCAUAUAACUUGAGACUAAAUAUCCAAUACGCUACCCAAAACAGAAUCUUAUAAAGAAAGCAAGCUUUUCACUUCAUAAUCUAGCAAUCAACAUUGAAAUUUUGGGACAAAGGUGCAAUAACUAUCACUGUACAUAAUUAAUGACAAAAAGUAGUCUUUAUAUUUCUGUAAAUAUUGGAUUUUGCACAAUGAUCUCUCAGAAUUUGUAUUAAAUUCUCGGAUAGAAAUGCUAGAAUUAUUUGAAAUUAUUGUAAACAAGUUUAAUGGCAUUCUUACAAUUUUUGAAAUUAUAAAUUCUGGAAAUUAAACUUUCAUUAAAUAUCAACUAAAGUGGUGAUGAUCUCAAUUCCUGGAAUCAGGGCCGGAUCAUCGCAGAGACAAAUGUCUAGGGCCCAGUUUUUAGAAGGGCUGGUCAAAAUGUCUAUUUUGAAAAGAUUUGUAAAUAAGAUAGUUUACUUUUCUGUUG